CCGGUGCCACGUACGGGUUACGUGUAGGUGCCGUCAGCUCAUGGGUGUUUCCGGCGCCUGAUUGGCUGUGACAGGAGGGUGACGCUGCGAUACAGACAGCGGACGGAGGAGCACGGACUGUUGAAGUGUUCCUGUCAUUGUCCUCUUGCGAGCAGGCCGGGGCCUGUGUGAGCCGCUGCUGGCGGUGUUUGUUCUGUCAGGAGAGAAAGCGGCUGUCACAGCUGCUUAAACCCCCACGGACUUCAACAUGAAUGGUCAAAUGGACCUUAGUGGCAAGCUCAUUAUUAAGGCUCAGCUUGGAGAAGACAUUCGUAGAAUUCCAAUCCACAAUGAAGACAUCACCUAUGAUGAGCUGGUCCUGAUGAUGCAGAGAGUAUUUAGGGGAAAGCUUUCAACCUGUGACGAAGUAACCAUCAAGUAUAAAGAUGAGGAUGGAGACCUCAUCACUAUCUUUGAUAGUUCUGACUUAUCAUUUGCCAUACAGUGCAGUCGAAUACUGAAGCUUACAUUAUUUGUUAAUGGACAGCCACGGCCACUUGAGUCGAGUCAAGUGAAGUAUUUACGUCGAGAAUUGAUAGAACUGCGUAACAAAGUGAACCGCCUACUGGACUGUUUAGAGCCACCUGCAGAACCUGGAAUCUCAACCAGCUUGCCAGAUGCAGAAACUGUGGCUGGUCGAGAAGAGAAGCCUGCUGCUCCUGACUCCUCAGUUAAGCCGUCCACACAAGUCAUGGCUGCUAGCAUGUCUGCGUUUGAUCCUCUGAAGAAUCCAGAUGAGAUCAAUAAAAAUGUCAUGUCAGCAUUCGGACUGACUGAGGACCAGGUUACCGGGCCUCCCAGUGCUCCAGCAGAGGAACGGUCUGGCACUCCGGACAGUAUUCCCUCUUCCUCCUCGGCUCAUCCGCCAGGAGUUCAAUCUCAGCAACAGCCUUACCCAGGAUCUCAGCAGUCAGGUCAGAUUGAAGGCCAAAUGUAUCAGCAAUAUUCUCAACAGCCUGGAUAUCCAACAGCUCAAGGUCAGCCGCAGCCUGCUACUCAGCCCCAGCAGCAGUAUGGAAUGCAGUAUCCCGGCUACAGUCAGCAAACAACACCCCAAGCACCACAGCAGUUUCCUGGCUACAGUCAGCAAGCAGCCCAGGCUCCUGCAACUGGCUUUCAAGGCCAGGCACAACAACUACCAUCACAAGCUACUCAACAGUACCCUGCUGGUUCCUACCCAGCACAGACUUACACUACACAAGCUUCUCAGCCUGCCAACUACAAUGUCCCCCCUGCUUCCCAGCCUGGAAUGGCACCAAGCCAGGCAGGUAGCUAUCAGCCUAGGGCAGGAUUUACCCCUCCGCCUGGUAGUACUGUAACUCCUCCUCCAAGCGGUCCUAAUCCAUAUGCUCGUAAUCGCCAUCCAUUUGGUCAGGGAUAUACCCAACCCGGUCCUGGUUACCGAUAAGUACAGUAUUACUACCAUGGCUGCUAGAUCUGUUUCCAUCCAGACAGACUUCAAUAUUAUGCUUACAAUUGUAAUGAAACUUCACACAACAGUAUAAAAACAUCCUCUGCUUUUUGUACUGUUGUGCAACUUUAUUGGAGGAAGAGACCAAAUGAUUAUUUCUUGCUUCUGAUUGUAUUUGCUCACUAGUUAAAAUCCAAGUCCCAAAUCAUUGAGGUGUUUGACACAUUAGACAGCCUUGUCAAACAUGCUAAACCCCACUUAUUUGUUUUUAACAUUCUGAUGUGUCCUAUUAGAUCUGUUUUUUGAAGUAAAAAGUAGGUAUUAUGUACAGAAUCUAACAGUCACCAAAAUCUAAUAAAAUGUUAAACUCA